CAAAAUGUUUUUUUACAGUGCAGUUUAGUUAAAAUGUACCAAGUGUUUAUAGUUUAACGUUUAUUUAUAGGUCAGUAAGUUCAGUAGUAGAUUAAACUACACUGGCCUAUAGAAUAGUACGUUAUAGUGUACUAUAAUGCUACGCCACAAAUUUAGCCUAGUAAUCCAUCAAGUAAUGUUAGAAAUCUCCUUAGUUUACUUCACAAGUACAUUCUUGAGCGUACAAAACGACACAUAACCACACAAAAGCCUCUUUGCCUGUCGCGGCUUUGGCAGAGCCUUCCUUUUUUGGCACACAGGCAUUUGACAAAUUAGACCAAAACUAAACACGAUUAUGUAAAUGUAUGACAAAAUCAAAUUACAUACUUUUCCAAAAGCGCCUUUGUUUGGGUCCAUUAUUCUCCUACAAUAACGCGGCCCCCCACAGGGCCAUUGUAAAUUGGGUUACUUGCAAUUUUUGGAGAGGGUGUCCUUGAUUCUCAUCUGUGGAGCCUUGGAUUGAAUAACUAACUGAAUAUUGAACAUCAUGGUACAGGAGACAUGUGUUUUUCUAUUUUCCCUGACGGCUCUUGGCGUCCUUUAUACUAUGAACAAUGUUCCAGCAUUUCAAGAGCCAGUGGUUAUUCUGGAAAUCGGGGUGGCUGUUCUUGUGGCAGUGUUCCUCUUGGUCUACCUCGCUACUCGCUACAACCCUCCGAAAGAUCCUUUGUUUUAUGUUUUUGCAGAGUUUUCCUUCACGUGUGUCAUUGACCUCACGAGCGCUCUAGAAUAUGAUGGCUUCACCUCAGGGUUCAUGGAGUUCUACCAGAAAAUGGGGGAGCCAUAUCUCGGCACUCCUUACGCUAUCAUGAUGUGCUAUUGGGAUGGUAUAGUGCACUUUAUCCUCUACCUGAUGCUAAUAAACCGCAUGUCAAACAGGCAACAAUACCGCACAUUGGGUCUUUUCUGGGCUGGAUCACUGUGCGCCAACAUGAUUGUGUUUGUACCUGGAAUCGUGGUUGGUAAAUAUGGCUCAGAGAUGCGUCCUGCCUUCUGGCUUAACGUGCCGUUUCUCUUGGUGCCCAUAUGGGGAGCAGUUUCCUUGUUCUCCAGGCCAAGGGAUAUGCCUCUUGUGGGAGCAUCCAAGGCUGAACGUGAGCAGAAAAAAGCCUUAAUCUGGCGCCCACUGGAUCUUCUCUUUGUGGUUUAUCUAGUAGCUGCCAUGGGAUUCACUAUCUUUAGAGGACUGGCGGUACUUGAUUGCCCAUUAGAUAUCCUCAAUAGAUAUGUGACAGAGUAUGAACCGUAUCUGAAGGAUCCUGUGGGCUUCCCCAAAGUUAUGAUGUUGCUGCUCCUAUUCCAUGCGCUUCCAAUGCUGGGUUCAUUUGCAUAUGGGCUCUGCACACCUGGCUGCACUUGGAUGCUUGAUCGGACCGUAUUUUUUGCAGGUGCCAUUUUACAGUGCCAGUGGUCUCAUAUCGGAGCGUCGCUGCACUCGCGCACUGCAGAAAUAUACAGGAUUCCCAUCACGACCCUGGUGCCCGUCCUCCUCCUCAACCUGCUGUACGCGGUCGGUCCUGUACUGCUCGCCCUGCGUUGCAAACGAGAGCCAGACUACUUCCUUUCCAUCGCACCUGUGGGGCAAACUAACAAUGAGAAGAAAUUAAGUUAAACCGGUUGAGAAAAACAAAAACACUGACCUUAAUGGAAUAGUUCACACUAGUAUUGAAGUUCCAUCAUCAUUUUUACUCACACUAGGUGAGUAAACUAUUCCUUUAGAAAAAGUGCAUUUCAAAACAGAUUAAUUGGCACAACUGUGUUCCAGUGGGUUUCUGUUAAUUUGGUAAUCACGUAGGUUACAAGACCUUGCCUUUGAAACGUCUUGAUUGUGUCAGUUGCCAGAGCUACGGCUGUUACUGAAAUCCUCAUGAGAAAAACAACUCUAAAUUGCAUGAGGCUGAGAUCAUUAAAGCAUGGCUCGUUCUACCUGUCUUGAGACAAACAAGACCUCUAACACUGCAGUUUAUUAGCUUUCUGUCCUUCACCGUAAUAAAUGUCAUGUGCUGCAACUGGAAGUUUCUUAUUCUAGUGUAUUUUCCAUCUGUUCCACACACGUCACAAUGUAAAACAUGCCAGAACCUUCUCUUGAAAAAUUGACUGCUCUCAUAGGUAAUAAAAACUAUCC